AUGGCGUCCUCGACUAGGCAAAUCGUUGCUUGGUUCUUCCUAAUCUUGCGCUUUGUUUUUCUGACGUUCGGGCCAUGGUUCGUUCAUCUGUUGAUCGCCGACGUCCUGCUCUCAGCCCUGCUACCCUUUGCUUUCAUCUUUCCUACACACACCUAUCAUUUGGCGUCUGCUAUUGCCGAAUCCGUAUGGCGCGGUGUGCAGCGACUCUGCGAAGAAUACAAUGGUGCAGAUAUCAUCAUAGCCGGAGAUGAGCUGCCUCGUGGGGAAAGUGCAAUCGUCGUUGCGAAUCACAAUGAAUGGUCUGAUUUCUACCUCAUUCAAGCCAUGGCAAUUCGCUCGGGAAUGCUGGGUCGCUGUCGAUGGUUUGCGAAGAAGGCGCUCAAGUGGGUGCCGGUGCUAGGAUGGGGUCUGUUGGUCAUGGGCAUGCCACUAGUCAGUCGCAGGUGGGCUGAGGACAAGGAGGAAAUGGAACGAUUGUUUAGCGGCAUCAAAGAGGGACGUUGGCCUGUGUGGCUUGUUUCUUUCAGCGAAGGGACACGAUAUAGGCCAAAGAAACAUGCAGAAGCAGUCCGGUGGUGUGCGAGCCAUGGAAAAUCAAUACCGCAGCACACAUUGCAUCCACGCACCAAGGGCUUCGUCGCUACUGUUCAGCAGCUGCGUAAGACACCUCAUGUCAAGGCCGUAUACGACAUCACAAUUGCUUACGCGGAGGACGACAAAUUCAUGGCCGCGCCGUCCUUUUUCAAAACCAUCUUUCAACCCGAUCUGGCGCAGACCUACCGGAUGUAUGCUCAUGUUCGACGCUUUGAGUUGAACUCACUACCGCAUACGGACGCCGAACUCGCUCAAUGGCUCGAAGCCAAGUGGGUAGAGAAGGGCGAAAGACUGGCAAAUCUCAAAAAGCAACUUGACUACGGGGAGCCUUGGAAAGGAACCACAAGUAAGGUCUAG